UGUUGGGGCAUGUUAUGUGGAUGAAGUCCGCCACAAGACAUUUGAGAUAAGUAUGUAGAAUGUGGUUAGAGGAUUUUAAGUCAAAAUUCAAAAGUUGAAAGGCUUUGGUUAAAUAAUUCGCAUGUUUUCCAUUCCAAAGAAGUUUCUAAUUGACAAAAUGGGUCAUUGGAACCCCAUCCAUGUCACUAAGCCAGAGUUCGAAUCAAGUGUUUAUUUUAGUUCGUAAUCUUUAGAUUGCAUCAAAUAUCCAGGUGAAUUAUUAUCUAUGUUGAUCGGCGAUUGCUAUUAUGGAUUAUACGUUGUUAGCUUAAGUGUUGUUUCAUUUCAAUUGUGUGAAGUGAAAGAUAACAUUUAAAUACGCACACCAAUGAAGGUUAAAUUAUGCACUGAUUUUACAUGCUAAUUGACUUGGAAGUAUGUUUGUGAAGCUACUGGAAUAAUUUGGAAUGUUUUCACUUUCACAAUGUCGCUGAGGUCGCCGUAUAAGUUCUUCAAAUCUUACUUGGCCAGUAGUAGGUGCUUCAGUUUGCAUAAAUUGUCAGACCGACACUCACUACUGAGGAAAACCUGUAGGGACUUUUCUGAAAAAGAGCUGAAACCCGUUGCGGCCCACUUGGACAAGGAGGGUGAAUUUCCGGCUGAACAAAUAAGCAAACUGGGCCGACUUGGACUUCUUGGUAUUACUGCCGAUUGUCGAUUUGGAGGAUCUGGUGAAAACACGCUUGGGCUCGCAAUUGCUAUCGAAGAGCUAUCAAAAGGCUGUGGAGGAACUGGUGCAAUUGUAUCUAUUCACAAUGCGCUCUAUGUUAAUUUGCUCGACACUUUUGGAACUGAGCAACAAAAGAGGCAGUUUCUCACUGGGUUUACAUCUAAACAUCUUGGAUGUUUUGCCUUGAGCGAAUCAGAUGCUGGAAGUGAUGUGAGCGCAAUAUCGACAACUGCCCAAUUGGAUGGCGAUUUUUAUGUACUAAACGGGAGAAAAACUUGGGUGACGAGCGGCCAUGAGGGCAAAGCUGCAGUGGUUUUUGCCACGAUUGAUCAAACCUUGAAACAUAAAGGUAUCACGGCGUUCAUUGUGCCGGUUCCAAUUCAAGGUCUAACGAUGGGCAGACUGGAAGACAAAAUGGGCAUUCGGGCUUCUUCAACCUGUGACUUUCACCUGGAAAAUGUGUGUGUUCCAAAGGACAACUUAAUCGGAAAGACUGGUGAUGGAUUUUUAAUUGCAAUGAAACAGCUAGAGAAGGCUCGAGUAGGCAUCGCAUCGCAAGCUUUGGGCAUUGGUCAAGCUGCCCUCGAACUGGCCGUUCAAUAUUCUUCGGAAAGAAAAGCUUUCGGGCACCCACUCAACCAACUGCAAGCUGUGAAGCUUAGACUAGCGGAAAUGGCUACCAAACUGGAAGCAGCGCGUCUAUUGGUGUGGAGGGCAGCUGCAAUAUUGGAUGAAGGGGAACGAGCAACCAAGUACACCUCAAUGGCUAAAUUAGCUGCUAGUGAGGCAGCCACUUUCGUAUCACAUGGAGCGAUACAGAUUUUAGGAGGCAUGGGUUACAUCAAAGACAUGCCAGCCGAAAGGUAUUACCGCGAUGCCAGAAUUACAGAAAUAUAUGCCGGAGUAAAUGAUGUACAGAAAUUAUUAAUAGCCGACAUGGUUAUCAAAGAAUAUACAUAGCUGUUGACUUUUAAUAUAAUUUUGGUUACUA